GAGUGGUAGAGCGAGGCUGCUGCGAAGAGCCGCAUUUCAAUGAGGACGGGCUAAUGCAAAUCACUGCAAUAAGGGCAGAAGCCGAAAACGCGGAGCCCGAGCAGCUGCUGCAGCCCAGCCUCACCACCGCUAGCACCACCACCACCACCAGCACUGGUACCGUAGCCGCCUCCACCACCACCACCAGCAGCAACAGCAGCAUCACCCAGGCGAGGAGGAGCAGCGGAGGGCCAGGAGACCGAACCGUUAACAAAGACACUUGGCAGCGUCUCUCUGCGGACCCGAUUCCAUCUUAAACAUGUCUUUUGGGAGAGAUAUGGAGCUGGAACACUUUGAUGAGCGGGAUAAAGCGCAAAGAUAUGGCAGAGGGUCUAGGGUAAAUGGCUUGCCCAGCCCGACCCAUAGUGCCCACUGCAGCUUUUACCGAACCCGCACUCUUCAGACCCUCAGUUCAGAGAAGAAAGCCAAGAAGGUCCGUUUCUAUCGUAAUGGAGACCGCUACUUCAAAGGGAUCGUAUACGCCAUCUCCCCAGACCGGUUUAGGUCUUUUGAGGCUCUUCUGGCUGAUCUGACCAGAACUCUGUCUGACAAUGUGAAUUUGCCCCAGGGAGUGAGAACAAUCUACACCAUCGAUGGACUCAAGAAGAUUUCCACCUUGGACCAACUGGUUGAAGGAGAGAGUUAUGUGUGUGGUUCAAUAGAACCCUUCAAAAAACUGGAGUACACCAAGAAUGUAAACCCCAAUUGGUCAGUAAAUGUCAAGACCACCUCUGCUUCCCGUACGGUUUCUUCGCUUGCCACUGCCAAAGGCAGCCCCUCAGAUGUGAGGGAGAAUAAGGAUUUCAUUCGGCCCAAACUAGUCACCAUUAUCAGAAGUGGUGUGAAGCCACGGAAAGCUGUCCGGAUUCUGCUCAACAAGAAGACCGCCCAUUCAUUUGAGCAGGUUCUCACUGAUAUCACUGAUGCCAUCAAACUGGAUUCAGGAGUGGUUAAGCGCCUGUACACCCUAGAUGGGAAGCAGGUGAUGUGCCUUCAGGAUUUUUUUGGUGACGAUGACAUUUUUAUUGCAUGUGGACCAGAGAAGUUCCGUUACCAGGAUGAUUUCUUGCUAGAUGAAAGUGAAUGUCGAGUGGUAAAAUCCACCUCCUACACCAAAAUUGCUUCAAAUCCCGCAGGAGCGCCACCCAAGAGCCCUGGUCCAUCAAGACGCAGCAAAUCCCCGGCUUCAACCAGCUCAGUUAAUGGAACCCCUGGUAGUCAGCUCUCUACUCCCCGUUCUGGGAAAUCUCCAAGCCCAUCUCCAACCAGCCCAGGAAGUCUGCGGAAGCAGAGGAGCUCUCAGCAUGGCGGCUCCUCUACCUCACUAGCGUCCACCAAAGUGUGCAGCUCCAUGGAUGAAAAUGACGGACCUGGAGAAGAAGUGUUGGACGAAGGCUUCCAGGUUCCAGCCACAAUAGCGGAAAGAUAUAAAGUCGGGAGGACAAUAGGCGGAAAUUUCGCUGUGGUGAAGGAGUGUAUAGAAAGGUCAACUGCUAGAGAAUAUGCCCUGAAAAUCAUCAAGAAAAGCAAAUGUCGAGGCAAAGAGCAUAUGAUCCAGAAUGAGGUCUCUAUCUUGAGAAGAGUGAAGCACCCCAAUAUUGUUCUGCUGAUUGAGGAGAUGGAUGUGCCAACUGAGUUGUAUCUUGUCAUGGAAUUAGUAAAGGGAGGCGACCUUUUUGAUGCCAUUACCUCCACGAACAAAUACACCGAGAGAGAUGCCAGCGGGAUGCUCUACAAUCUGGCCAGUGCCAUCAAAUACCUGCAUAGUUUGAACAUUGUUCACAGAGACAUCAAACCAGAGAACCUGUUGGUUUAUGAACACCAAGAUGGCAGCAAAUCUCUAAAGCUGGGAGAUUUUGGCUUGGCGACCAUUGUAGAUGGCCCACUGUACACUGUCUGUGGUACUCCUACUUAUGUGGCUCCAGAAAUCAUUGCAGAAACUGGAUAUGGCCUCAAGGUGGACAUCUGGGCAGCUGGUGUGAUUACUUAUAUCCUGCUGUGUGGUUUCCCUCCAUUCCGUGGAAGUGGUGAUGAUCAGGAAGUGCUUUUUGAUCAGAUCUUGAUGGGUCAAGUGGACUUUCCUUCUCCAUACUGGGACAAUGUUUCUGAUUCUGCCAAGGAGCUCAUUACUAUGAUGCUGUUGGUAGAUGUUGAUCAGCGGUUUUCAGCUUUGCAAGUCCUCGAACAUCCAUGGGUUAAUGAUGAUGGCCUCCCUGAGAAUGAACAUCAGCUGUCAGUAGCUGGAAAGAUAAAGAAGCAUUUCAACACAGGCCCCAAGCCCAACAGCACAGCAGCCGGGGUUUCUGUCAUAGCACUGGACCACGGGUUUACCAUCAAGAGAUCAGGGUCUUUGGACUACUACCAACAACCAGGAAUGUAUUGGAUAAGACCACCGCUCUUGAUAAGGAGAGGCAGGUUUUCCGACGAAGACGCAACCAGGAUGUGAGGAGCCGGUAUAAGGCACAGCAAGCUCCCCCUGAACUCAACUCUGAAUCGGAAGACUAUUCACCAAGUUCAUCGGAGACUGUUCGCUCACCUAACUCUCCCUUUUAAUAAAAACCCUUUUACAAAAAUCACAGCCCUCGCUUAACCCUUUGAGACUCUUAAAUUCUCCAAACUUGUGUGAAACAGUUUCAUCUGAUCUAUCUGGCACUAAAAUGUUUGAAUGACAGAAAAGAAGGUGUGCUUAUGGUAACUUUGAACCCAUUUCCUUAUGAUGAAUGAGAUGACACAUGUUCUUUGUUGAGAUGGCAACUUGCUGCUAAUAGGAUCCUCAAAGGGUUAAGUCUAUUUUGCGAUUACUUUUUCUUUUUCUUUUUCAAGAUAGAGGCAAUGAAUGUUUUCAUCAGCCAAGCUAGGAUCUGCAGUAUGUCAGUAUAGCACACGUUAACCCUCUGAGUGCAUCAGUUUCUUUAACAUUGGAAGCCCUCCUUAGGAAAUCAUUCAGGCCUUUUUGACUUACACGCACAUGUUUCUGUGCUGCUGAUUUAGAUAGAUGGGGUGAUGCAGAGUCAGUGACUCAGCUGGACAUCCAGAAUGUAAUCUUGCUCCUUCUUUGUGGGUUUAUAUAAUGGCAGCUUACUAACAUGGGUAGGUGUAAGAAAUAAAAAUCCUCUUAGAAAAGUAAAUGGAUUUAUGAUAGCUAUCGAUGUUGGUCCCGAUGGGGUCUGGCUCCUUAAAUGGAGGGAACUGGGUUCAUGUCAGGGGAAACAGGUGGUGCUCAACCCCAACAAGUCUACUUAUGAUGGUGUGCUGAUGCCCCUGUAAAUGCUGCUUCCACAUCAUCUGCUGCUAGUGCCAAUGUAAACUCUCGGGAAUAGUUACAUCCCAUCUUUAUCUUAGUGUGUGAGGAUCUAAUCAGUAUCACAUUUUUUUUUCUACAAAACAAAACAGAAAAUACUGGUAGAAAAAAAAAAAGCAAUAAUCUUGCCAGUUUCUCUGGAGCCCUGGAAUUUCCAGCACAAAGAUGGAAAAUGAUCCAGGUCUUCAGCAUUUUGGGUUCCUCCUGCUCUGAAAUGUUAUGUUCUACCAUAAGACUGCUACAAAGGGGAACUGGGAGAAAGGAAGGGAGAGUCUUGCCUUCUUUGCAGGACAGUAGUAAGGGUUAGCUGAAGGGGAGGAAAAAAGAAAGAUGAUUCUGAACUUUCCUUAAAAGGAGACAGAAUAAAAAUGCUUUUUGAACCAAAAAAUACUGGUGAUACUAUUUAAACCACAUGCAUUGCUAGACUACCUACCUAGGCUCUCCCUGGUGACACAUCAGCAAUCUAGGAAGGCUUAGAUAGGAGGCUUGCUGAAGACAUAACAACCAUCGCCAGCUAUGGCUUCCUGGCAUACCUGGCAGCAACUUUCACAUUCUGAAAUGUUGCAUUCCCCUCUGCCCCCCCCCACACACAUUUGUUCCCCCAAGGGUGUCAGUUCUUGUUACUCCUAUUAGCAAGUACAUCGCUCUUACCCCAUGUCUCUAGUAAAUUUCCAUUAGCGUGUAUGAUCUUUGAGAAAGGGGACCUCAUACUUCCCUGGUUCAAUUAAGAUAAGUCACUGCAAUGUUCAAAGGAAAAUGAAGCCUUGUUUACUUGGAGGCAAGGGCUGAACCAAACGACCUUCUAAGGUCCUCUUCAGCUCUGUGUUUUGUAAAGAAGGAAGCAGUGAAUCAUCUUUAGGAAAUUUGCAUUGACUAAUUCUACAUUAAUUUCUUUUCACAGUGUUUUUUGAUGCUCUCACCCCUCAGGGUUUUCAAAGAUAGUGUAGUAUCAGAAAUUUUGUUCUGAAUUUUGUCUUUGGCUUCUCUACAAUCAAGUCUCCCCACCCAAUAGAUACUGAUCUUCAAAGUGUACUUUUUACCCUCUCAUCCAUGUACCAUAGUCCAUACUUUUGUAUUUUUAUAUUUAAAUUGCAGUGAUUUUGGUGACACUGUGUCCCAAAGCAUUUUAUUUUCCCACUAUUAAGUUCGUUUAGUAUGAGUCAUCUUGACAUAUGUCAGCAAUGUACAAUUUAUUGGGAGCUGUUUUUCUCCUUUCAAGAGCCUGAGAGAGAUAACAGCACAUGUGAUCAUAAGCUACAGUAAAUGAGUUGUUGCUGAGGAGUAAAAAGGGUCCCCUUUGUAUUUUCAGAGCUCAGUUGAACCCAAAGAAUCCAUGUUGGUGUGGUUCUGAGUAGAUUAAAACCUUUGAUUUGGAUGAGAAAAUUCUUAAAUUAGAAAUUACAGUACCUUUUCAUUAAACAGACUAAUUGCUAGUUGAGGACAAAGAUCUGGUGAGAAAGAAUUGCUUUCUCUAGACCAAUGAAGUAAAACACUUUUAUAAAUCUCAGAAAUUGUCAUUUAAUUGGUCUCUCUUCCUAACACAAAAAGAGGAAGAAUCAUAUGGCCAAACAGCUGUCUGCUCUACAAUAUGUGUGGUUCUCCUUUCUUCUUUGAGAUCAUUUGGUUUAUAAAUUCUAUUUUGGGGGUUGGCCCUGAAUGUAUUUCAACAGCAUCCAGUGUGUAAAGUAGGUGAGCCACUCAGUCAAACCUUUGCAUCAACAAAGUCUGUGGAUCACUCCACAGUCUAUAUGCAACUUUAGUGCCUAAGCCCAAACAUUGCUACUAGACAGAUAGCCCCCCAAAAAUGCAGGACACCACAGCUAUCGGAUGGUGUCAGAGAUACCGGGACAUCUCAAUUCUAUCUGAGUAACAUGUGCUAAAUAAACUGUGGAAGAAAAGGCAAACAAUUUAUCAAGAAGUAAUAUUGAAUAAUCCCAUAGAAUUCAAUUUUGAUUAGUAUUUAUUUAGGUCCAGGGAACCAGAGAUCAUAGCUGUACUCAGAGGGUUAACAGAAAAGCACAAAGCAUGCCAAUUACAUUGGUGUAUGCAAACUGCUUCACUUUCUUAAGCCAGCAG